GCGUAGAAUUAGCUGCAGUGAUCCGCUCGUGUAGUAACUGUUAUAUACAUAGAUAAUAUAAGAUUCUUAUAUUAUUAUAAAUCACUAUUACUGUUAUUUUCUCCCAUCACUAGUAAUAAACAUGAAUUCUAAUAGUUCAACCUGCAACAAUGUUCAAGAUAAAAAAGCUGAUCGCUUGAAGAAACUCAGAGAUCUUCACAUAAAAAGAAAUGAAGCCAGAGUGAACAACCAUCAAGAAGUUAUCGAAGAAGAUAAAUUAAUGAAGUUACCAUCAAACUGGGAAGCAAGACAAAGGAAAGCUGACUGGCUAUUGAAUGAUGAUAAACUCAAAGAAGAAGCUAAAGAAAAGGGACAAGACUAUGAACGUUUAAAAUUAUUAAACAUGACUGCAAUGGAAGCAGAUGCUAUUGAUCGGAAAAAAAAACGCAAAAAUCCCGAUCCUGGAUUCUCAGACUAUGAACAAGCCACUGCUCGUCAAUACAAUAGAAUGAUAUCUAAUAUGAAAGUUGACAUGAACUCUUAUAAUAGACAGAGAGACAAAUUAGGAAAAGCAUUCUAUGCUGAAGCCAACACUUAUUUGCAUGAUAAAGUCAAAGAUUCAAAAGAAGGAAUUGAUAGGAUGGUUGACGACUUAGAAAAACAAAUUGCAAAGCGUAAUAAAUUUAGUAGGAGAAGAACACAUAAUGAUGAAGCAGACAUUGAUUACAUCAAUGAGAGAAACAUGAAAUUCAAUGCAAAAUUGGAAAGGUACUAUGGAGAGCAUACUACUCAGAUUAAGCAAAAUUUGGAAAGAGGAACAGCAAUUUAAAUUUAAAACAACCAUUAUAUUCAUGUAUUGUAAAUUUGGUUUUUAUUGUAUAUAUAAUAAAUUAAAAAUGUAAUAACCAACACACAAUUUAUUGCAUCAACCCAUGUUCUAAGUAAAAUU